AUGGCACCGACCCUUCUCUGGAUUGGCCUGGGCAACAUGGGCAGGGGCAUGUCCAGAAACAUCGUCGAGAAGGGAGAGCUGAGUUCCCCGCUACUGCUAUACAAUAGGUCAGCGGAGAAGGCCGCCGACGUAGCAGCAAAGUUACCUGUGGGAAGAACUGAAGUCGUUACAUCGCUAGAGAAAGCUGUUCCGAAAGCAGAUAUUAUCUUCACCUGUGUGGCCAAUGACGAUGCAGUUCGGGAGCUGUUCAAGGUCAUGCUCCGGGUGAAUGUUUCUGGAAAGCUUUUCAUUGACUGCUCCACCAUCCAUCCCGAUACUACAGGAAGCAUCGCAAAGGAUGUUGCGGAUGCCGGCGCAGAGUUUGUAGCUGCACCGGUAUUUGGUGCGCCAGCCAUGGCGGAUGCCGGUCAACUUAUCGGGGUGCUCGCAGGGCCGAGAGCUAGUGUUGAGAAAGCAAAGCCUUGGUUCAACGGAGUCAUGGCUCGAGCUGAGAUUGACCUCAGUGACCAACCGUAUAGCAAGGCCACAACUCUCAAGCUAUUAGGCAAUACAUUUGUGUUUAACAUGGUUGAGCAACUCGCAGAGGCCCAUGUUGUGGCAGAAAAAUCUGGCCUCGGAACGGAUGUUUUGCAUCAAUUCAUUUCGCAUCUGUUUCCGGGCCCGUACACAGCCUACUCAACCCGGAUGCUUACGGGAGACUACCAUAAGCGGAAGGAACCAUUAUUCGCUGUCGAUCUGGCUCGGAAGGAUGCGAGACAUGCCAGAAAUCUAGCACAAUCAGCGGGAGCGGAAAUAAAAACAUUAGAAAUUGCCGAUGCGCAUCUUGCCAAGGUCAAACAACAUUGCGGCGAAGUGGGAGACAUUGCGGGCAUCUACGGAGCAGUUCGCGCAGAGGCAGGGUUGAAAUUUGAGAACGAUGCUUGA